AUGGGUUCAAAAGAACGACGACCCUGCAUCGACCUCGAUUUGGGACCUCAAAACUAUCUGCGCUGGUCGCUACUCCCUCACCACAUCAUCCUCGACAUGACGACCACCGAUGAGAUCACCUCGGCCUCCGAGUCUACUACCUCUGACCAUGUCGUCAACGAAGAUGUCCGCAACCUCGAGUCGUUCGGCUACAAGCAAGAGCUUAAGCGCGACUUCUCUUUCAUUGGUAUGCUUGGCUUUGCCUGGAGCGUCCUCACAACCUGGACCGCGCUGGGCGGCUCCCUCAUCGCCGCCAUCAACGCGGGCGGCCCGCCCGUCAUCAUCUACAGCUGGAUCGGCGUGAGCUUCUUCUCUCUCUUCGUUGCCUACUCCUUCGCCGAGAUCUGCAGCGCCUUCCCCGUCGCAGGAGGUCAAUACUCAUGGGUUGCCAUCUUGACCCCACCGAAAUGGGCCCGCCUCACCUCCUACCUGUGCGGCUGGUUCAUCGUCAUUGGCUUCCUCUCCGCCGGCGCAGCCAACGGCUUCAUCGGCGCCAGCUUCGUGUUGGGGCUCGCCCAGAUCGCCCAUCCGGACUACACCAUCGAGCGCUGGCACGUCUGCUUAGUCUGCUACCUCGUCCUCAUGCUCGCCGCGGCCGUCAAUCUCUGGGCCCGCCCCAUCCUCGACAAACUCUCCAAGACCAUGAUGGUCUUCAACCUGACCUCCUUCAUCGUCGUCAUCACCGUAAUCCUCUCCAUCGACAACAACAAGGCCUCCGCAGCAUUCGUCUUCAAGGACUUCGUCAACAACACCGGCUUCUCCAACUCCUACGCUUCCCUGCUGGGAAUCCUGCAAGCCGCCUUCGGCAUGACCGGCUACGACGCCACAGCACACAUGACGGAAGAGAUGAAGAAUGCACGCAAGGACGCGCCUCGCGCGAUCAUCUGGUCCGUGUGGAUUGGCGCCUUCAGCGGGUUCUUCUUCUUGAUCGCGGCGUUCUUCUGCAUUCGGAACCUUGACGCUAUUGAAACCACCGCCACGGGCGUGCCAUUGAUCGCGAUCUUCCAGCAGGCUACAGGGUCAGUGGGUGGAGCGAUCGGGCUGACUGUACUGAUCACCGUCAUCGCUCUUGUCAGCUUGUGCUUCCUCAUGGCGCAGAGCUCGCGCGUCGUCUUCUCCUUCGCGCGCGACCAUGGAUUGCCCUUCAGCAAGUAUAUCAGUCGUGUGCACCCUACCCUGCACGUGCCGCACUUUAGCAUCCUGACCGUGCUGGUGGUCAACAUGGCGCUCAUGGCGAUCUAUUUCGGAUCCGUGACAGGCUUCAACACUGUCCUUGCCUUCUCCACCGAGGGCUUCUAUCUCUCGUACAUCAUGCCCCUCUUCGUCCGCGUCUGGGGCCGUCUGCAGGGCCGACACGACAUCGACAGCGCCUUUUCCUUGGGUAAAUGGGGCAUGGCGUUCAAUCUGAUUGGAAUGGCAUACCUGGCGUUUUGCGUCGUGGUGUUCAACUUCCCGAGCGUCAGUCCCGUCAACAGUGAGAACAUGAACUAUGCCUCCGCUGCGGUGGGUGUUGCGGCCUUGAUCGCUGCAAUCACCUGGCUGACGACGGGGAGGAAGCACUUCACGGGCCCGCAGAGGGGUGGGAUUUUGGAAGGCUAUGGCCCUCGCCCGAGUAACGACGGACAUCAUGUGGCCGCCGUGCUCGGGAAGGAGGAGCAUCUGAAGUAA